AUGGCCCCCGUCGCUAAGGAUGAUGAGAAGAUGGCCAAAGGAAAGGAGGAAAAGAAGCCCCUUGAGGGUCUCGCUGAGGGAGUGAAGUGGCCAGAUUCUGGCAAGAAUUUGUCCUUUUCUACCGAUCAUCAAGAACUUCCAGCCGAGAAUCAAACUGUUUAUGUUGGUCAGGAAUUCAGUGCUAUCGAUCUUCAAGCACCUACGAGACCGAGUACAGUCGAUUACAAGACCCAAUUUCAACAAUCGAAACAAAUCAUCGUCGAAUAUCUCCUUGACAAAGCCCCGGAAUUUCGAAAACUAUCUGAGCUCCGGGAGAGGGGAUGGAACGAUCCAGCAGGAGAUCAAUUCUUUCAAACGCAACGCCAAAGAGCAGACAAUGCAGACAAAACUCAGCGCUGGAGGUUCUACAACAUGAUGAAGGAAAUAGGAGAGUAUAUGCAUCAGGUCACUGGUGCAUUACGAAUCCCAAGCUCUCCCUCAGAUACGCCCCGUAUCCUUGAUAUGUGCAUGGCACCAGGGGGGUUUCUUGCGACUGCAUUGAAGAUCAAUCCUGAGUCUCAGGCAUUGGCGUUCAGCUUACCUAUCUCUCAAAAGGGGCAUGAUGUUCUUCUGCCAAAGGAUCCAAGAGUAAUACUCAAGUUUCUAGAUAUCACAAUGCUGGCUGCGGAUAUGGGACUGGUUGAUAUACCAUUUGAUCACCCAGACGGCCCAAACUUUCUCUCUCGUCAACUAGGGCCUGAACUUUUUGAUCUGAUCUUUUGUGACGGCCAUGUGCUCAGAAAUCAUGAUCGGGCCGCUUAUCGCGAGCAUACGGAAGCCACCAGAUUAACUCUUACCCAAUUAGCACUUGGACUUGAGCAUCUUAGACCGGGAGGGACCAUGAUCGUGCUUCUACACAAGAUUGAAGCUUUGCAUAACGUUCAGCUUCUAUACACAUUUAGCAAGUUUUCCACCGUGCGUCUUUUCAAGCAUCCAAAGAUUCAUGGUAAACGGUCUUCUUUCUACAUGAUUGCGACAGAUAUCAAGAGCCAUGGUAUAGAUGCUGCUAAGGCGAUCGAACGAUGGAAGAGGAUAUGGAGAGUUGCUACUACUGGGACGCUGAAUAUGUAUUACAAGGCUCUCUGUGAGGACAACUACGAUAUGAACGAGAUACUCCAUGAUUUUGGCUCGGAAUUGGUGCAGCUGGGGAGAAAUGUUUGGAACAUUCAGGCAAGGGAACUGAAAAAGGCACCUUGGACAAGGGAGAAUGCAGUUUCUGGAAAGACCAUCAGUACCAGACGUUAG